AUGGAGGAGGGAACAAGAACGAAGAAAACCGUUUUCGUAGGUGGCAUCGGAGAUGAGGUCGAUGAAAGUGUACUGCUCGAAAAUUUCGCUACGUUCGGAGAUAUCAUAGAGGUGCAGAUCCCUCUUGCUCCGACAAAUCCAUCUCAGCAGAUCGAGACGAAGCACAGAGGAUUUGCGUUCGUGACAUAUUCGUCUACUGCGGAUGCUCAAGAUGCGAUCGACAACAUGGAUCUGAAUGAGUUGAACGGUCGCGUUCUGAGAGUAAACCUUGCGCGACCCAUGAGGGGACCCACUCAAGGCGCAGGAAACAGGGCCAUUUGGGAAUCAGAAGAUUGGCUCAAGCAAUAUGCGAAGCCACUCUCACGUAGCGGAGGCGCUGCGCUUCGUGCGCGGACCAGAGAGGGUUCCAAUGGAGUGGAACAAGGAGGCGAACAGUAUGGCGAGGAUCAUGCCGAUGCCGACAACGCCAUGGAAGAGUGA